UUGGACCGAAGACAGAGUAGUACCACAGGUUCCCUUGAACAAUCACGGAUAACCAGUCACGGACCCAGCCAAGAAAUGAAAGCAUUCGCAUUGACCCUUCUCAGCCUUUUGGCUUUGAGCCAGGCCCGCAUGGACUACAAGCUGCAGUGCGCCCGCUCCGAGAUCAGCAUCCGCUGGCCGAGCUACCACAGCAACUCGGAGUACUAUGUGUGUCCCAGCGUGAACGGCACCCAGCUGACGGUCCACUGUCCCGCCGGAGAGGUCUUCACCUUCGUCCUGCAGCAGUGCGUGCCACCACGCCACUACAUCCCGGCUCCACCAAUGAAUGUUCUGCCCACCGCUGCUCCCGUCACCCAGCUGCUCAUCGAUGAUGCGCCACCAGUGAUCUCUGGACUGUCUCAGCUGGAGAACGAGACCCCGGAGCACCACGAGCACCACGAACACCACGAGCACAAGGAGCACAGCGAGCACAGCGAACACCACCAUGAGCACCACGAGGAGGAGGCUGAGAUUCACCCCAUUCCACCCACUCCCGCCCCAGAGCCACCAACCCCACCCACCGUUCAGGUUUCCAAGAACGUGGCGCCCGUUCCCAAGAAGCCAACGAAGAUCCCCGUGCCCACCAAGUCCGCCGCGGCCAAGAAGACCGUCGCGGCCAAGAAGCCAGCUCCUCCCACUCCCGCCAAGGCCGCCAAGAAGCCGACGCCGCCCAGCAAGGUCCAGAAGAAGCCGGCCACCGCCUAGAAUCCCCAAAGGAUUCUAGCAUUCCGACUCCGACCGCCAGUUCAAUGCCCAUCGUUCAGCAAGCGGAAUUUCAUUCACUACUCUAAAUAGCAACUUGAAGUAAUUAAAUAUCUAACUGGCAGCC